GACAACAUUGAGCAAGAAUUCAUGGUUGAUUUUUGUAGAAAAGUCAGCCCAAGAAUAUUAUUAUUAUAUAUAAUUAUUCUUAUGAAAUUUCCUGUAACCUUCAGAGUUCAAAACAAUUGCUGAUAUUCUUGGAAAUCAAGGUACUUAUAAAUUGUCCGUCUCUUAUUCAAUUCUUAUGAUUUUAGUCGAAGUGAUACACGAACCACAAGAUUUUAGGAAAUCAAUAACCCAAGGAUGAUAAUGUACCACACGUUGUUGUAUAUGCUUAUCUCAAAAUAGCAAAUAUCCUACACACAAACACACAGUUCCCUGAAGUGCAGGGUAAUGAUUCAUUAUUCAAUAUAUUUUGAAUAAAUCGUUAGUUUUUGCUCACCCUAUUUGUUUCUGUCCAGAUCCCCCAAAAAUAAAAAUAAAAAUGAAGCUUCCUCUACUUGGAAUCAUUAUCACCAUCUACCUCUCCUACCAUCUUAGAUUUAUAGUCAGCAGUAACUCUAUUUCCCCUUAUCGCCCCUUGGAUGAUUUCGCCCUUAACUGCGGCUCUACUGGCAACUCAUUUGCUUUUGAUGGCCGGGAAUGGAUUGGAGAUAUCAUCAAUUCUAAAUUUACUUCAUCACAAGUACUCAAAGGCAAAUCAAUGAGCUCAAAAACCAUCCACCAAUCACUUUUCGUUGACCUUGUUCCCUACAUGACUGCGAGGAUCUCUCAUUCUCAAUUCACUUAGACAUUUCAAUUAAGACCGGGUCAGAAAUUCAUUCGCCUGCACUUUCUUCCAGCUUCAUACCAUGGCUUCGAUAGAUCAAAAGCACUUUUCACUGUUAAAGCUGGUCCUUACACCCUUCUUCACAACUUCAGCGCUUCCCUUGCUGCUGAUGCUCUGGGCGUAAAAUAUUUUGCUAAAGAAUUUUGCGUCAACAUUGAACAAAAUCAAGUUUUUAGCAUAACAUUCUCUCCGUCUACAAGUAGUGCAACUGAUGAUGAUGUUUAUGCUUUUAUCAAUGGAAUUGAGGUCGUCUCCAUGCCCACUGGUCUUUAUUACUCUCCCGAUGAUGAUUUGGGUGCUCGUGUCGUUGGCAACAAGUUUCGAUACUAUAUUGAUAACAGCACUGCACUAGAGAUGGUUUACCUCUUAAAUGUUGGAGGGAGAUCCAUUUUGUCAGUCGAAGAAGAUUUGGAUAUGUACCGUGUGUGGUCCGAGGACAAGAAUUACUUGUUACAAUCAGGUGUAUUAUCAGUUACCAGAACCACAAAGGCUGUGAUCAAGUAUGCUAACAUACCCACCUACACUGCACCAAUGAAAGUAUACAGAACAUCUUGGUCAAUGGGUCAAAACAAAGUAGCAGAUCAGAUGCAUAAUUUAACAUCGAAAUUACCAGUGGAUCUGGGAUUCAGGUACCUGGUUAGGCUCCAUUUCUGUGAGCUUGAAUCCACGACCACUGAGAACGGCAGCCCAAGGGAGUUUUCUAUCUUCAUAAACAAUCAGAUUGCUGAGACUAAUGCAGAUGUAGUGAAGUGGAGUGGUGGGUAUGGGGUUGCACAAUACAGGGACUAUGUGGUGAAAAUAGAAGGAAACAAAUUCGAGGGCAAGCAUAAUCUCAUUGUGGCUUUGCAGCCCCAGCAUGACUCAGAUGCUGAUCCAAUCCUAAACGGUAUAGAAAUAUUUAAGUUGGCCAACCCGAACAACAUUCUUGCCGGUCCCAACCCCGUGCCAACAGCACAUUCUCCCACAUCAUGGACCCUGCAUGGAAAAUUGGUUUUAGCUUUUGGAAGCCACAAUGUAAUUACGACAGGUGUGAUACUAAUACUCACUCUCUUGAAUAUCAUAGUUUACCAAUUAAAUACUUGGGGAUCAAACUCUGGAGAAAAGAACAUAUCAUCAUCAACACUGUCAAAGGAGGGAGUGUGCAGACGUUUCUCGUUUGCAGAGAUCCAGUUAGCGACCAAUAACUUUGGUGAUGAAUUCAUCAUAGGGAAAGGCGGAUUUGGUAAUGUGUACAAAGGGCUUAUCGAUAAUGGAACCAAGACUGUUGCCAUAAAGCAGUUCAAAUCGGAGUGUAAACAAGGGUCUGUUGAGUUCUGGAUGGAGAUUGAGACCCUUUCGACAAUCCGGCACUAUCAUCUCGUCUCUUUGAUAGGCUACUAUGAAGACUCCCAGGAGAUGCUCCUAGUCUAUGAAUAUAUGGACAAUGGGACUCUUGCUGAUCAUCUCUACCAAACUAGAAGAAAGGGUGAUGUCAAUUCUCCUCUCUCUUGGGAACAACGGCUCAUCAUCUGCAUUGGUGCCGCACGUGGAUUGGCCUACCUUCAUACCAGUAGGGACGCCCAUCAUGGAGGCAUACACCGCGACGUGAAAUGCUCAAACAUACUGUUGGAUAAAAAUUGGGUAGCUAAGAUUUCUGACUUUGGGUUGUCUAAAAUGGACAAUGCAGGCCAGUCACAAACCCACAUUAGCACUGCCAUUAAAGGUACAUUUGGGUACUUUGAUCCAGCAUAUUUCUUCACUUGUAGGCUGACAAAGAAAUCCAACGUGUACGCCUUUGGUGUGGUAUUGUUUGAAGUGCUUUGUGGGAGGCCGGCGGUUGAUGUAAGACUUGAAGAGGAGCAACAUAGUCUAGCACUAUGGGCCAAACAUUGCAUCAAAGAGGGAACACUUGAUUGA